GUGACGUCGACGGAAGAAUUCUACUGCAUAUGCGCGAUAAUAUCGCCAUGGCGCUUGCGCGAUACUCGUCCUCAAUAUUUACAUGGGUGGAGAAACUAAUUGUCUCAAUAAUAUUAUAAUUUAAAAUUGAUAUGUACAGCUUUGAGAUAUGAUGCAGAUACAUCUACAACAAAUGCACAUAUAUGUAUACGAUAUCUAAACAUGAUGCUUUUGUCCCGGAAGUACCUAACUUCGAAUGUGAAGACAUACAUCGACGUCGUGGCAUGGAAUGUAGUAUAGACGACGAUGAGAUAUUGGAUGAGAGAUACAAUAAGAGAACAACUGUUAUGCAUGUUUCAAUAUAACGAAGCAUUGAUCCGUGGAAACCCGGACAAUAGGUAAUUUUAAAAAUUAAUCUUAAAAAUACACUCUAACUGUUCCAUCACAUUUGUAGUUUAAAGUUCUCUUCUGGAAUACAUGUAGAAUCACGAAUUUUCUUAUUUGAUUAUUAGAUACAAUUCAUUUGAGUCGCAUCAGAACAAAGCAGAAUAGGAGUAAUCUGGAUUGCAGCUGAAACCGAUGGAAUAUGCUGGGAUAUGUCGUUGGAAGGAGUUGGGGAAAACGAAAUCAAGUAGUUCACCAGGAUAGGCUUGUAAGUACAAUCUAGAAAAACUUUUAUCACACGUAGCCUCUUCCAAGGAUGAGAAUCGAGUGGCGACUUCUCGAGAGUUGCGCGCGCGUGUCGAGGGGAUUGUGUUGCGCGAUAUCGGUGGCUGCGCGUUGACACACGGCGCGGGCUCUCGUUGCGUCGGCAGCGCAGCAUUACCAUCACGUUACCCUCGCGACACGGAGGAGCGAGCGGAUAGUGCGUCCUGACGCGCGCCAACCACUUAGGUGAGGAAGCGCGCAGCUGAGAGAGCCGAGCUCGGCCUUCGUCAUCGCUCCGACAUAGACGCAGUUUAUCCUUCUUCCCCGUUGCAUUUCUUCAAAGUAUCAGUCGAACGAGUAUCAACAUUGUGCUUCGACUCGGCCUUGAGUAACGACGUGCUUCUAAGGCGACUAGAAUUUGAUUAGCUUGCCUUUUCAGAGAGCAUCACCAAAGGUGUUCUCACGUGCCAAUACGUACAAGUGACUUUUAAAAUCAGUCUGUUGCUCCUUGUUAAUCGAAAAAUCCUCGGAGAACGAUUUUCUUCAACGUAUCACGAUUGACUCUAGGAUCUGCUAGGUCGUCGACCUGUAGUCAUCUUGCGCGAGUGUCGCGUAAAGUUUCAUCGAGCGAAGUGCAAUUUCGUAUCGUGAUUCUCUUCGUGAUUCUCCUUAAUCCUCCGUGAAAAUUUUCCAAUUACGAGUGUUCUCCGCACAUAACGUCUCUGAUUAUUCCAUCGGUGAAGACGACUCGUGCCCGUCGGUCCACGCGAUCAUUUGAUCAUAGUCUUCUUCUCUCUUUCUUGCAUCGCGUUAACCGGAAGCAGCAUGGGGGACCAGGAGCAACAGGAAACAAUGCCGAGCGUGGUGGAGUUGAAUGUGGGCGGCGUCUUUUAUACUACUGCUUUGACCACGUUGACCCGUGAAAGCGACUCGCAUCUUGCGACACUCUUUACAGGCAAAUCCGCCGUGGAGAAAGACGCCAAGGGCAAAUACUUCCUGGAUCGCGACGGUGUACUCUUCCGCUACGUGUUGGACUUCCUGCGCAAUCAAGCAUUGGUUCUGCCCGAGGGCUUUCGCGAACGCGAGAGGCUCAAGCAGGAGGCUAACUUCUAUGGUCUUCCUGGUUUAGAGAAGGCCAUUUUGGAGAACGCCGAUUCUGGCGGGCAAAUCGGCGGUGCGGUCGGCAAACGCGCGCCAGGAUACAUUACUGUUGGUUACCGGGGUAGCUUUGCCUUCGGCCGCGAAGGCCUGGCCGACGUCAAGUUCCGCAAGCUCUCCAGGAUCCUCGUAUGCGGCCGCGUGGCACUUUGCCGCGACGUCUUCGGUGAGACGCUAAACGAGAGUCGCGAUCCCGAUCACGGCAUGUCCGAUCGUUACACAUCGCGCUUCUUCCUGAAGCACAGCGUCAUCGAGCAAGCCUUCGACAUGCUGCAGGAGCAAGGCUUCAGGAUGGCAGGUAGUUGCGGUUCUGGCACCGCCGGCAGCAACUCCGAGCAGCUGAAACCCGGCGUGGAUUCCGAGGAGAAUCGCUGGAAUCACUAUAAUGAGUUCGUCUUUGUGCGCGAUUAAAGAGCUUUGUUAGCAGCCUUUUCCGAUAACCGCCAAUAAGGUGUACUUUGCGGUUGAUCUGAUCGUCAUCGAUGACUCGCAUCUUCUAAACAUGUGAAGCGGCAAACAAAGAGAAAAAAAGACUUCCUCAGGUACUUGAAAUGAUUCAGAUAGUAGCGAAGAUGGAGAAAUGUAAGAACACUUACAUGUGUUUAACCAAAAGCGCGUAACGCAUGACAAAUAUGAGACUUUUUCGUUGAUUGCACAUAUAAUGAAGUCGAUAUAUAAUAUCGGAUUUAGCAAAAGUUGGUAGCAAAAGUUGGAAGGCGUCGAACAUUCGUCUCGCAAAGUUCUUAAUUAAUUUCGUCCCGCUAGAAAUUUUCCCGAACUUAUCAAAUUAUAAUUAAUCAAUGUCGACAUAAUUAGGAAUUUGGGGCGUCCUAUUUCCAAGAGUUCCAACAUCGUCAGUCUUCUCGUCAUUAAUUCUUGAGAUCCUUUCACUUUAAUCGACUCUUUUAUCAGAAUGAAGAGGAUAAUGUAAAGGAUAGAUUUUCAUGUUUCGAUUAAACCUUUAUUUAAAAUAUUGAUGGUUUAUUAAUGAUAACAAAGAAUUAAAAACGUAAUAAAAAUAAUUAUAAACUCGUCAAUUAUGACUAUAUUAGAUUUUUAAAUGUCGUUUGUUAAUAAUUUUGUUAAAAUUGCUUAGUGCAAAAUUAUAAGUGCGUAUAUUGUUUAUUUUAAAUCAAAUAUUUAUCAAUAUUUUGUUUAAUUAUAUUGUAUGUCUUUUACGUAUAAUUAAAUAUUUAAUUCUAUAUGAGUUUGAUUGAUAAUUGCAUAGAUAGAGCCGAAAACUUUUCUGAAUAUGAUAUGUUAACGUUUUUCAUGAUCGAAACGUGCCGACGGCAGCGUCUAAAAUUCUCUUUUCCGAUAAAAAUUUGACUCAGAGAUUGUUGCGAGGGAGAGACGUUUAUUAAAACGUAGUCUCAUAUAUAUCCACGAGAUGAAAAACGCCAAUGUCAGGCGUUUUUCAUUAGUACUAGACGCAAAGGAAGACGGCGAAUGAAAGACGUAGGAGGAAAGCGGAUCCGGGCGAAGAUUCAGUGAUGUUGAAAUAUCUAUGAACGUACGCGACUUGACUAUUUAAAAGGGCAAUAGUGUCAGACUACAUGUUAGUGAUAAAUAUCGCCGGACAUGACGGACGAUAAAAUAUAAGGAAACAGACUUGACACAAAUGGAAGUAUUUUAAAAUUGAUCGAAUGCAGAUGAUGCAAUAAUUUUCGCCUCUUUCUUAUUCCUAUCUGACGUGGAAGAAAAUUAAAGGAAAAUCCCAAUUAUCGAGAUCAUUUGAUCAUUAUUUGAAGAAAGUCUCCGAUACUGUCUAGUACGCGCAUUAAGUAGUUAGAACUAGUAAAUAGUCGGUCCGAGUGAUCACUGCUAAAGUAUGGUCGGACCGAAUGCUUAUCAGUUGGAUCAAAUUAAUUAACGGUGUGCUAAAUACCUUUUAUCUUUUUCUUAAUAGAAAGUAUUCAUAAAAAGCAAUUUGUGUUGUGUACAAAUUCGAAAAAAUAAUAUAAACAUACUAACGUUGUUUAUAUAAACAAUGUUAUCGGUAAAUUAUCCUUUGACAUAAACUUAAACAGCUAACUAGCUUUAUUCUCGGUGGUCGGGCAGUCUUGUUGAAUGCGUGUACUUACAACCUGACACGAUGUCAAACGCUCUAUUCAAACAAUGGUACGUUGGAUACGUGUCUCUUGUAACAGUUCUUUAUUAGGUUUUUAAGAGCAUGAACAAGGUAAUGCUUUUUUCUUUUGUAUUUAAAUUUUUUUCUUUUUUCUCUUCUGUAAGCGGUUUUUUUUUUUUUUUGUAAAGUGGAACGUGAAUGUGUUAGACGAUUUGUGUUGUUUUCGAUCUAUCGACUUCUAAAGAAGGAAAGAAAGAUUCGUCGAAAUAUAAAAGUUUUGUUAUGAAUUUACAAUGAGUUCUAUUUUGUACGUUAUAAAAGAAAUGCAUUUGUGAAAUUAUUCAAAUAAGAACAAAACUAUUUCUUUCUUUCUAUAUAAUCAUUUCUCAUGGAAUAAAAAAAUAAAUGUCUGAUAAAAAAAGUUUCAAGAAAAAGAUAGAAAAAGAACUUUCUUAAACAAAAAAGCGGAAGAAGACAACUGAAAACAUUUUUUAUAUAUGAAAUUAAUGCUCGAUUAUUAUUAUUUCUGAACAAUAUUUCUAUGUAUAUAUAUUUAAAUUUGAGAUUUAAUUAAAUUAAAAAUUUAAAUUAAAAUAUCCAUUUUUAAUACAUAUUUAUUAUUGAAAUUUAACAAGAGUUUGUGCAUCAAUAACCGCACUUUGGCUCUUAUUUGCCAAUUUCUUCUACUUUGUAUUAUUUUAUAUAAUUAAACAUUAAUUUUCUUUUUUAUUAUAUUAUGUAUAAAAUUAUUUAAAAUAGAAAAUACUAGAUUUUCUUUCAGAUUUUUUGAUUAUUAUGCUUUAUAACAAUUGCUUUUACUUGUUUGUUUAUUAAUAUUAUUAAUAAUUAUUUGCAUAUUUAGAAUAAUAAAAAAUUCGAGAAAUUCAUCGCGAUUAUAAUUUUUGUUGCAACAGGUUAUAAUGGAUAAUGUUUAGCGAUUGUGUGAAAAAAUGCCGACGGCGUUGAACAGACGAGAUAGAUAUCGAGUUUUAAGCGCGCAUUAAUUUCUCGUUAUUAUAAAAAUGUAUAAUGUCGAAGACUUUUUUUAAGAAUGAUCGAGAUGCAAUAUAUAAUUCUCAUGUCGUAACAAAAUUUCCUAUGUUUUUCUGAAAAGCUACUUAUUAGUAUUAGACAAAUGAUGAAUUAACUCUCGAUUAAAAAAAAAGCACGUAUAUUUAACUUUUUUAACUUUUUAGUAAUACUGAAAAAUUAUAUAUUGACAAAAAUUUAUUAUUGCUAAAAUUUUUCAAGAGAUAACAAUUUACGGCUUGAUACUUUUCCUUCAUUUUCGGCCGUGGGGAAAUAAUUUCGGGGCGAUGAAGCGAAUCAUGACUAUUAUUGUUAGUGCGUUGGUUACGCUAUUCGAUUUGCGUCCGCAAUAGAUUGAUUUAUAAUGAUGUUAUAUCCUUGGGUAUGAAUUAUGCGCGUCAACAUGCGGCGUUACAUAAUAGAAGAUGGACAAUGUGUGUUUGAUAAAAUAUAAUUUAAUUUAAUUUAUCUAUAUUUCGUCUUUCAUUGAAACGCCUAAUUUCAUGUAAAUGAGACGAAUGGUGUUGUUAAAAUUCAUGAAAGGGAAUUCUAUGUAUCAAGUGAAGGUAUUAUCAUAUAUGAUAUAUCGCAGAAAAACGAAUGAACGACAUUUUUGAUUUUUUCAUGUUUGCCUCUUGAGAAAGACCAGCUUUUUCAAAUAUUAUAUGCAAACGAUCACGAUGAUGACAAUUGCAAUGAGCAGCGUGUCAAAUCUUGCUAGCUGGGAGAUUCUAUUAAUGUGAGGCGGUGGUGUGUGUACCGUAAUCGUUUCGCGAUUACAUUAGUAAAUCGCCUACUUCCAUUUACUCUGUACAAAUAAACACAUUCAGGUAAAUCAAACUUGUAAGAUAGUAGACGAAUGUUACAAGAUAUAUUAAUGUAAGAGAGUCUCACGUAGAGAGUGACUAUAAACUUUGAACUUAUUUUACGAUGGCACUUUUUAAUCCUUUUCCACGGUAUAUAUCAUUCAGAUAUUUAUUUUUUAUGUGCAUUUACAUACACACACCCAUACGCAUUUCACAGACGUAACUGUUUCUUGAGUUUCUCGAUUUACGACGUAAUUUUACGUUUAUUUAAUCACAAUAUACAUAUACGCAAAAUUGGGCCCAAACAAAUAUUUGUUGCAAUGUAUAGAAUUUAUUGAAAAAAAUGUCAUUGAAAAAGUUAUUUAUUAUUCACUUUGAGUCUUUAUAGUCAUUAAAAUUACAUGACUGAUUACUAUAUGUGUUUGUCUGUGCUGUCAAAUAGAAUUAAACUGUAUUUUUUGAUUAAUAUAUAUUGAUUUCUAAGUGAUAUUGGGACCGAUUUUCAGAUACAGUAAAAGAGUAUAUAAAUAUAUUCAUACAUGUGCGUUAAUAUAUUAAAUUUCUCAAAAUAUCAACUUUUAUUUAGUUUUUUUUUUAAUUUUCAGGUUUUCACAAAAUCUGUCUUUGAGUUGUAUUUAUAUUAUAUAUGUUUUACGCAUAUGUUGAUAUUACAUAAAACUGCACUUAUAUGUUGUGAGCCUUAGCAGAUAUAUUACUUUCGGGUAUGAGCAAGGUUUUUUUAUUUAGCUGCAUCAAUUUAUUAUGUGUAAAACAUCGAGAUUGUCGAUUAUGAUUUGUGAUAUAUAUAGUAGAGGCUCUAUAUUUCGUAAAUUAGAAACUGUAUUAUAAUUCGCCGCGAAAGGGAGCGAGUCUCGAGUGAACAGAUUUGAUAGAACGCAAAGAUUUUUGUGUUCUGUCAGAUUUUAACGAAGAAUUCGAAUUUUAUCGAAAUCUUUCGAUUGUUCACAAAUAUUCGCUUAACAUUAUUCUUCAUUAUUUUCUAGAUAUAAAAUAUAUAUUUUAUGUGAUCUCCAAAUAUUUAUUUUGUUAUACAAUGUUUGGUAUACGAGUUAGUAAAGUUUUCAAACUUGUAGAUAUCUUGAUCAAAUAUUUUAAUUUUAAUUAAAUAAACUUUUCAUAAGUUUUCUGCGAAAUCUUUUUCUUUAGUUAUUUUGAUCUUUUUCUUCAACAUAAUGUUUUCGUAAAUACCACAGGAAAGUUUAGAGUUUGAUGUUGGCAUUUCAAAUUUUAUUUGUAAGAUAAUAAAAAAAUAUAGAAAUAUGGUAUAGGAUAGAAAAAAAUAAUAUGUAGUUGAUCGUGAUUGGAUCAUUUUUUUUCGAAUCAUAUCUAUGAUAUAUUAGAAAACAUCUUUAUGCUAUUUAUAACGGAGUAAUUUAUCAAAGUAUUUCUUUUAAUUCAAUUAGAAGACAUCUUGACCAAUCGAAUUUAGAUAUAUACAUAUAUGUAUAAAAUACUUUAUGUAUUAAUACAUAGGACAUAUAUUUAUGAAUUGGAUAAGAGAGAAAAGAGGUUUUUUCCAGCGCAUUGCACAUGGUUUGACAUUCUUUGAGAAAUAAUCCGACUAAAAGUUGCGACGCGUGUUGUGGAAACAUUUGAUUAUGAUAUUCGAGACUCGGAACCCAUUUAUUGGAGAGAAUUCAACGAGUAGAAUCUGAACAGUGUUAGAUAGCGUGUAAGACUGUGUCGCGAUAUGAAAUUACUAUAGUGUACAUGUAUAUACGUAUAUCUAAGUAUAAAAAAAGAAAUAAAAGAAUGAGAUAAUAUAAGAA